AUGACGACAGACAGAGCUGCUGGGUUGAUGGACGCUGACUCCUACCAUCAUGUAGCCGUCAUCUGUUUUGUCGUCAACAUCAUCUUAUGUCCCCUAGGCAUCGUCUUCAACAUCAUCAACAUCGUCGUUUUCUGUAAACUUGGCUUUAAAGAGAGCACCAACAUUAUCCUGGUCAGUCUGGCUGUGGUGGACACCUACACUCUGCUGACGUAUCUAGGUAUUUCCGUGACCUUGUAUGUGGGCGUCACUUCAGAGCAUCUGGAUAUCCUCGACGCCGUCACUCUCAUUGUUCUAGGUUGGCCCAACGUUUUGGCAACCCGAAUAGCGGGUUGUCUGACAACCUACCUGACCUUUGAAAGGUUUCUGUGUGUGGUCCUACCACUGAGGGUCAAGACAAUCUUACAUAAGAAAACGGCCUUGACAUUUAUCAUAGCGCUGUGUAUGCUCACGAUCGCUUAUUCGUUUCCAAUUUAUCUGGCCAACAGCAUCGGUCUGAGGUUCAACCCCAUGUCAAACCAAACCUCUGUUGGACUUAUCGUGGCGGAGAACAGCGACGUCCUAGAGGGCGUGUCUAUUAGUGGCCUGGAUUCUUCUCUGGAGGUCUGCGUUGAUGUUCCAUGCCUCGCAUCCAUACAGGAGUACAAACACCCAGUGACUGCCUGA